AUGCUCUCUCGCCUCUCAUCCAGGACCUUGUCCACAUCCUCAGUUUCCAGACUUUCCUCCAUUUUCAUAGAUAAGUAUGAAAUUGCUUAUCCUAUUGCUGGAAAGCAGCCUCAGAUUGUUGCCUUGAAGGAUGCCUUCAAACAAAUCAAAUCUGGUGAUAACAUCUUUGUACAUGGAAUCGCUGCUACACCUACCCCUCUCUUGAAAGGUCUGUGUAAUUAUGCUACUGAAAAUGAUGUCACUGGUUUGAAGUUACACCAUCUUCAUUUGGAAGGACCUGUUCCCUGGACUGAGGAAGGAGUGAAUAAGAGAAUCCGAUCUAAUUCUCUGUUCACUGGAGCUAAUCUUAGAGCUUCUGUCAACAAUGGAAUCGCCGAUUUCAACUCUUGCUUUCUUCAAGAAGUUCCAAUGCUUUUCCGUAAAGGAGCUAUCAAGUUGAAUGUUGCCCUCAUUCAGGUUUCUCCUCCUGAUGCUAACGGCUAUUGUUCUUUAGGAACAUCUAUUGAUGCUGCCAGAGCUGCUGUCACCAAUGCUGACUUCAUCAUUGCCAUGUCAAAUAGUAAUAUGCCACGUACUUUCGGAGAUGGUGUCAUCCAUUCUUCUCACAUUGAUGUUCUUGUCGAAGACAACACCCAUGAGUUGCAUGAACGUCAUCUUACAACUCAGAAUGAUCAAGAACGUAAAAUCGGACAAAUUAUUGCUGAAAACCUUGUAGACAACGGAGCUACCCUCCAAAUGGGAAUAGGAGCAGUACCUGAUGCUGCUCUUUCAGCUUUGAAAAAUCAUAAAGAUCUUGGAAUCCACACUGAAAUGUUCUCUGAUGGUGUAUUGGAUCUCAUUGAAUGCAAUGCUAUCACUAAUAGCAAGAAGACUAUCCAUCCCGGAAAGCUCGUGGUUUCCUUCGUUUACGGCUCCACCAAGCUUUACAAAUAUCUACAUGAUAACCCAUUGAUCCACUUUGGAGAUGUUCAAUGGGUUAAUGAUCCAGCUUUCAUUCGUCAAAAUCCUAAAGUAACGGCCAUUAACUCUGCUGUUGAAAUUGAUCUCACUGGGCAAGUUGUCUCUGACUCUGUCGGUAAACGUUUCUUGUCUGGCUUCGGAGGACAAGUCGAUUUCAUUCGAGGAGCUGGCAUUGCUGAUGAUGGGCUUGGCAAGCCAAUUAUUGCUCUACCCUCCAUCUCCAAGAAAGGACAAAGUAAGAUUGUGCCAUUUAUAAAUGAGGGAGCCGGAGUUGUUACCACUCGUUCUCAUGUUCAUUAUGUUGUUACUGAGUUUGGAAUUGCUCAACUUUGGGGUAAGAAUAUGAGACAAAGAGCAUAUGAGCUGAUAAAGAUUGCCCACCCAAGUCAGAGGGAAUCUCUGGAGAAGGCCGCUUUUGCUAGAUUGAAGGUUAUGCCAUCUGCUGAUUAA